AUGUUCAACGCACUAAACCGUUUCAUAUCUCGUCUGGAUUCCGACGCUCCUCAGCAAAGAUCAGACCAUGGCGCAUUUGGAUUCCAGGUCCUCAGGAACAAGACGUUGGAGCUUGCGAUCGAGCCAUGGUUUGACUUCAUCGUUGGAAUCAAUGGCCGUUUAAUUGAUGAUUCUGACCCUACACUCUUUUCUCAAGAGAUCAGGAAUUGUGCAGGAAGUACGGUUACUCUUGGACUGUGGAGUGCAAAGGGCCAAAGAACAAGAACGAUUCACAUCCCGGUGCCAGCAGAGAAUCCAAACCUGGGGCUCACUCUACAAUGGACAUCUAUCUCCACCGUCUCGAAUAUCUGGCAUAUCCUCGACGUACCAGCGAAUUCGCCAGCCGAUGUAGCCGGUCUACUACCAUACAGUGAUUAUAUCCUCGGCACCCCAGAAGGUGUCUUGCAUGGAGAGAGUGGCUUGGGCGAGCUGGUAGAAGAUCAUAUCGGUCGUCCUCUACGAUUAUACGUCUACAACAACGAGUAUGAUGUCACCCGCGAGAUCACCAUUCAUCCGACCCGCGAUUGGGGUGGAGAGGGAGCUUUGGGCUGCGUGUUAGGAUACGGUGCAUUGCACAGAUUGCCGGCACCCCUGAGUGAGCCAGUUGCUGGACCGGGAGAGACGUUAUUCGAGACUGAGAACGCAAGAUUUUCUAAUGAAGAGCCUCGCCCGCUGUCUGGCUCUGGAGAUUUUUUUGUGCCAGGAGAGUCUUCUGCGCCUGGAGAAUUUCUGGUUCCGGCUCAGAUUGUUGGACCGCCGCCUACGUCUGGUCCUCCAGUUGGUGGUAGAAAGAAGGAUAAGAAACAUGGGCGUGCUGGACAUAGUCCAAACAAGGUCAUGGAUGACUAUUUCAUGGAGGGAGAAAAGAAGAGUAGAGAAUUAGACCAUGCUCCCAAUGCGAAGGUAGCACCACCUCCGCCUCCACCCAAAGCAGGAGGUCAACCGAAGGCUACAGAGACAGAAGGGAAGAAGGAUGAAGCAGAAAGCAGUGGUGCCGAUUAG